UCCUAAAGUAAUUAUUUAUUGGUCAAUUCUGUUUUUUCUAACCAAUCGUAGUGUUCGUUAUAACUCAAUAGUUGGCAUUCAGUAAACAUUCUCUAACAUAAAAUUAAUGCAUAAUGCUUAUCCAUCUAACAAAGUCGACUAAACCGUCUUAACCAGGCCUUAUCUCAGUAUGGAAAACUUUGUUUUGUAUGAAGAGCUUGGAAGAGGAGACCACUCCAUCAUUUAUAAGGGCCGAAGGAAAGGAACCAUCAAUUUCGUGGCAAUCCAUUGUAUUGAAAAAUGUAAAAGACCAGAAGUUACUAACACCGUUCGCAUGACACACGACAUCCAGCAUGUAAACGUUGUGAAGUUCUACGAAUGGUACGAGACGAGCAACCACCUGUGGCUAGUGGUGGAGCUAUGCACUGGAGGCAGCCUGGGAUACCUGAUAUCACAGGAUAAGAACCUGCCAGAGAGCUCCGUGCGCACCUUCGGCAUUGACCUCGUCACGGGGCUGCAUUACAUACACUCCUUGGGCAUAUUGUUCUGUGACCUGCGGCCCACUAAGAUUCUUCUCGAUGGACCAGGGAUCUUGAAGUACGCUGACUUUGGACUGGCUAAGGUUGAAGGGGAGAAUCUAGAGGAAUUGUUUCAGAAGUUUGCAGACGCAGGAGAGACGUGGAAUGCAGAGACAACCAUCGAUAAUGAGAAACGUUCCAGAACCGCCGGUCACACCCACUACACAGCCCCAGAGGUUUUACAAGGAGGGGAGCUGACUCUGCUGAGUGACCUGUGGUCCCUGGGAUGUACUUUCUAUGAGAUGUUCACAGGACAUCCCCCAUUCUUGGCAGACUCACAUCCCCAACUGAUGGACAAGAUUGUCAAUAAAGAGUUCCCACAACCAAAAGUGAAAGGAACACGGUUUUCCUCGAAGCCAUCGCCGGACUUCCUCAGUCUAAUUGACGGCCUACUUCAGAAAGAUCCAGACAAGAGGCUAGGGUGGCCAGGCCUGGUGACUCAUCCAUUCUGGCAGGGCAAGCUGGCACACCUGGCCAAGGACCUGGUCAUGUCCCAGGAUGUUCAGGGCAGCAUGGCUACAACAGCUAGGAGCAGCGUCUUCGUAGAUGGAACUGGGUCAGUGUUGGGCAAGGUGAAAACUGUAGAGUUGGGAGACAGACCUCUCACUGUACAGCAUGAGGACAGUCCAUCUAGACCUGGGACCUCUGCAGGUGACUUCCUACGUCCCAAGACGGCCCCCAGUGAUGACGGUGGGGCCAGCCUGUUUACACUGAGUGCUAGACCCCACACCGCUGUCCCGCCCGACGACAGUUUGAGAGUUAACUCCCCUUACAAACAGCACGCUUCCCCGCUGUCUACACGAGAGCCGGUGACGUUGGGAACGGACUCAGGCGAACUCCUACAGACUAGAAACGAGAUACUGGGCCUGGUGUACCAUCCGACGGAUUUCUGCGUGUCACCGAUAAUAGACAACCCCAAGAUUCAAAGGCCCGCAACUGCGAAGUUUGAUGCCAAGACACUUCCAGUCACCCCAAUAUCCCCCGAGAAAUUCUCCUCCCUUCCGGAGAAGGAUCAGACUAGACACCUCAAAACACUCCUUGACACCGUCAGUACUUCCGAGAAAGGACCCCCUUCGCAGAAACGAAUACAGGUGUACCACUAUAUGACUGUCCUGUGUCAGAACCGUGCGGCGUCCACAUAUCUCAUGAACAAUGGAGCGCUUGUGAUGCUUACCAAACAACUAAAGGAAGUCACCCAUGCAGAAGUUCGCACCAAAAUAUCAAGAGUGAUUGGCCUGAUGGCAAAUAACACAGACACACUUGAUGAGGCAACAAAAAUGAGUGAGGCCCUCACGGUUAUCACUGAAGUGUUCCGAGAGAGCGUGAAGAACACACGCCUGAAGCAAGGUCUGCUGCCCGCCAUUGGAGAGUUGGUGUACCUAAUUGCCACUCAGGAAGAGAAGAAGUCACAACUGGUUGAGAACUGGAGUAUUCCGUCCAUGACUUUUGCAGUCAUUGUCAGAAGCUGCCGAGACGGGGAGGAUUCAUUAAUCAACCACAUGGCAGCCAAGAUCGUGGAGAACGUUGCCGCGACGACCGGUCAGGUCACCCAGAAACUGGUAACCACGGAGAUGGCCCAGGCACUGUGGUACAUCUUCAAGCAUUCCACGAUUGAUGCCCUGCGAAUCACAUCACUGUCCGCGUUACAGAGGAUCACCAAACACAACCCUGCAGUGUUCCAGUCAGUGAUUGACACUGUGGGCCUGUCUACCCUGCUGUCUGCCCUAUCGUUUGGCAUUACACGCAUUCAGCAGUCCAUAGUGACCAUGUUCGCCACCCUUAUCUUCUCUGGAACGUCUGUCUCAAGGCUGACUGCUGACAAGGACUUUCUUCAGAAGAUUCUCCGGUUGCUGGAAAGCCCGUCAACAGUGAUCCGAGGGAAGGCCUUCCUUGUGAUACAUGAGCUGGCCAGGAACAACCACGAUAUCCUUCUUACCAGCUGUCAACUCAGGCUGGUGAUGUACCUGGAGAGGGACAGUCGACGCCAGACCCCUCGGGACACGAAAUCUGAACCUGGAGAAAUAGAAUACUUGAAUCAGUGUCUAGACCUCCUUAUAGCGUACAUCAGCGAUGUGGUGCCUCAAAUAAUGACUGAGAUACUGAGUGCCCUGGAGGCCGUGUCCGGCAGGAAGCAUCCCAACAAUGUGCAGGCUAAACAGCUCAAGUCUGCGCUCCCUCUUGUCCACAUAUUCCUGCACCUCGUGACCAGCCAGGUGUUCCGUCCAAAGAUUGUAAAUGAAAGCUUUGUCAGAAGCCUUGGGGCUCUUCUUGGUCAUGUGAAAAGUAUAGAGAAUGGGGACACCAACAUCGAGGCUACGAGUGGGCUGAUUACUGUGGGAGAGUUCGUGAACACGGUGAUGUCAGUGGUGGAGGGCAUAUCCCAGCAUCCCACGCUGCUCAUGGAGCACGGCGCGGUUGUCAUGGCGACUGUGCUGCCCACCCUCGCAGAGCUCGUCGUCAGCCAGAACGGGGACACCAGGGUACUGUCUUUGAGCCUGUUCUCAGAGAUGGCAACAGUGUUCCUGACCCAGGAGUCGGUGACGACUGUAGCCAAGGUGGACACCAAGAAACUGCAUUCCAUCAUCGCCGAGAAGCUUUUCCCACACUAUGAGCAGAUUCUGUUGGACCAAGACCCCCUGCCUUUCUAUGGACUGAAGCUGUUGCUGGCUCUAUUGGAGUCCAAUGGAGGCUUCAUCAGGCAGUUCCAGCAGCUGGGAUUAGUGUCUGUCAUCUUCCAAGUGCUACUGGAUCACCAGAACAACCCCCUGAGCAGUGCCAUGCAGAGUAUAGCUGGGAUCCUGAACUGCCUGGUAGGGCACAAGGAAACCAACAUGAGGGACCUGUAUGAGCAGGGUUUGAUAGACUACUUCACGACGAUAUUCUUCGAGGUGUCCGCUGCGUGUUUUGCUGGGGAGGACCAGGCAGGCGUGGACAGCAAGGUGGUCCUCUCCAUGCUGCAGACUCUACUGGAGACACUCCAUGGACUCUUUAAGUACGUGUCUGACUUCGUGCGGAAAGCUCUACAGGUUGGUCAGCAGGCUAAGAAGGCGGGUGGAGAGGCGUCCAGCAAGGAGACAGAGGAUGCAGAGCACCUGCUGCUGCAAAACAAGGCACUCACAGACCUCACUAGUCUGCUCACACAGCUGUUGACCCAUGAGGACACAGACAUCCAUGACCUGGCCUGUAAGUGCCUGUCUCUGCUAGUACAGCUUUUUGGAGGCGAGCAUAAAGAAGCCCUCAGUCCAGAAAACAUGGAUUUCUACAGUAAAGCUCUGAAGAAAGCGGAUGCCAAGAAGCAGAAAGUCCUGUUGCGGGUCAUCAAAAGACUGGUGAGCACUGACAAGUCCCACCGCGACAGCAUGAAGACCCAGGGGGAGGGCCUGGCAAGCACCAUCAAGAAUCUUGUUAAGACUGCCAGUUCCCAUGCAGAUGUGUCUCUCUCAUCAUUGGCUGCAGAAAUACUAAAAAUGACUGGACAUCUUAAGUAAACUGCGCAAUUCGGAAGAAAAAGAACAAUAAAUUGUUAAUAGAGGACCAUUGAAUUCUGUUAAAAAAAUACUCCCCAACCAAGCCAUGUUGUGUGUGACACAUUUUAUUAGUGACAAAUAAAAAACAAAGAAUUAACACUUUCAAUGCGGGAACCGAAUUUUAAAGGCCUUUGCAAACAGUUUGGAUCCAGAUGAGACGCCAAAAUGUUUGCUAUUCCUAUAGUAUUCUUUGAAAAAAAAUUAAAGAAAAUGCUUAUUUUACAAAUUCAGCAGACGACAUUUUUGCAGACGACAAAUUUCCCAGCAUGCAAAGGGUUAAGAAAAUGUGUUCCUUGAUCGGAUGAGUCACAGCUGAUAUUUCUAUGUUCCGAGUGGGACUGUUUAUCUCGUCUUAAUCAAAUUAUGACAUUUACAUUUACAUCUAUUCAAAUAUGUGUAUGAAACUGUAUUGUAAUGUAUUUUUAUUGUUGUGUUAGUGAUUGAAUAUUAAUAAAGUAGCACACAACAACAAAA